CCAGGAGUUCUAUGCCCUCAAGAAAGAAUGCCAGCAACGCAAUCAGCUCUUUGAGGACCCCAGUUCCCUCGCCAACGAUGAAUCACUAUUCUGCACAACUGCCACUGGUGUCCAAUGUCCAUUGGAAGCGCCCUCCGGAAAUCUGCAACAGCCCUCACCUCUUUGUUGAUGGCAUGAGUGCCCAUGACCUGAACCAAGGCCAGCUGGGUAACUGUUGGUUCGUGGCUGCCUGCUCUUGCUUGGCCUCGAGGGAGACCUUGUGGCAAAAGGUAAUCCCGAAUUGGAAGGAGCAGGAAUGGGCCGUGGAUAGACCCAACAACUACGCGGGAAUUUUCCACUUCUGUUUCUGGCGCUUCGGAGAGUGGGUAGACGUGGUGAUCGACGACCGUCUGCCGACAGUCAACGGGCAGCUGAUCUACUGCCACUCCAACUCCAAGAACGAGUUCUGGAGCGCUCUGGUGGAGAAGGCUUAUGCCAAACUGGCGGGCUGUUACGAGUCUCUGGACGGAGGGAACACCGCAGACGCAUUGGUGGAUUUUACCGGUGGGGUGUCGGAGCCUAUCGACCUGAUCCAGGGGAACUUUGCCACUGUGGAGGAGCAGAGGCUCCAGCUGUUUGACAAACUCCUGAAGGUCCACAGUCGCGAGGGUCUCAUCAGCUGCUCCAUCAGGGUCACGUCGGCUGCUGAGAUGGAAGUGCGGUUGAACAGUGGCCUGGUGAAAGGCCACGCUUAUGCAGUGACUGAUGUCCGGAAAGUCCGACUUGGCCACGGUCUCCUUGCGUACUUCAAAGCGGAUAAACUCUUCAUGAUCAGGAUGAGGAAUCCCUGGGGACAGAAGGAAUGGAAUGGAGCCUGGAGUGAUAACUCUCAAGAAUGGAAGCAGGUCAGCAAAGGAGAGCGGGAGUCCAUGGGUGUAACCGUGCGAGAUGAUGGCGAAUUCUGGAUGUCAUUCGACGAUUUCUGCAAGCACUUCACGGAUCUCGUUGUCUGCCGUGUGAUGAACACCUCCUUCUUCAGCUUCCACAAGACCUGGGAGGAGGCCAUGGUCAAGGGAGCCUGGACCAGGCAUGAAGACCCCUUGAAAAACCGUGCUGGAGGCUGCAUCAAUAACCGGGACACCUUCCUUCAGAACCCCCAGUAUGUCUUUGAUGUAAAGAAGGACAUGGACGAGGUGCUGAUGUGCCUGCAGCAGAAAGACAUCCGUUACACUCGGCAACAGGGCAAGGGCGAGAAGCUGUCCAUGGGCUUCGAGGUUUACAGGGUGGAGUUGAACCGCAACUACAGGAUGCACACCAUACAGCAGAAGGUGGCCAGUUCCGUCUACAUCAACUCCAAGACCAUCUUCCUUCGGAAGGAACUCCCUCAGGGUCGUUAUGUCAUCAUCCCCACCACCUUCGAGCCUGGAAUAACUGGGGAGUUCUUGCUGAGGGUCUUCACAGAUGUGCCGGCAAACUUCAAGGAACUGACUCUUAACGAGCCUCCCCGCACGUGCUGGUCUGGGCUGUGUGGACACCCCCAGGUUGUGACCCAAGUUCACGUCAUUGCUGCGAGUGGAUUGGCCCAACAAGAUGGCACCACAGGAGCUGACCCCUAUGUGAUUAUCCGGUGUGGGAGAGAGAAGGUCAGGUCACCCAUUCACAAGGACACAGUGAAUCCCGAGUUCAAUGUGAAGGGAAUCUUCUACAGGAAAGAUGCCAAGACUCCCAUCCGCAUUGAGAUCUGGAAUAACAAUGUCUUCAAUGACCAGUUCCUGGGUCAGGUGACAUUCCUGGCUGACCCCAGUGACCUCCAGCCACACCACACCUUGCACCUGAGAGACAAGGGCAACCGUCAGGACAACGACCUUCCCGGCACCAUCAACCUUAACAUCAGCAGCAGCAACGAGCUGGCCAGUAUCUAAACUCCCCGACACUCUUCUGCCAGACAAGACGCGCGAGACGGUCGACCGGAUCUGCGGCUAGGAAGAUUUCGGAAGGGGAGGGAGGGGUGGGGUGAGGAAUUGUUGAUGCCUACAGGUCUUUACCCCCUCUAUCGACCUCCUCUUCGCUAAUCACCCAACCUCUUUUGGAAUGGCCUUUGAUAUGGGAACUCCCGACGACCUACUUGGGUGGCUGUAAUUCCGGAAAUUUCUUGGAGACUUCCUCCUUCCAUAAUGCUGCUCCUCCUUGACUCUAAGCUGCUCAUACCUCAACAGAUUCCUCUGCCCUGCCCUGGUACUGCAUCUACAGCCCCUCCCCGAGAGAGCAAGGAGGAUGUUGGGUGAGAUGAUGGUCAGAGAAAGGAAAGUACAAGGGAAUUCUGUCAGUUCCUCUUCAUUCCCCUGGAACUCUUCCGAAGGAGACUUCAGGAUUAAAUGGGAUGUCCUCUUAAUUCCCUCCCUCUCCCAUGUGUCUGUGUCCCAGCCCCUCUCUCUUCCCUACCAGUCCCACCUUCCCUCUCUUCCUCUGUGACUUCCCUCUCUCUUUCCCUCUCUCUCUUCCGUCCUGCCUCCCUUCCCUCUUCCCUGCCCCUUUCUCCUCCUCAUCAUCCUCUUUCCACUGCCCUCCCGCUCCCCCUCCUCUCUCUCACCCCCCAAUCUCUCCGUCCUUUCCUCUUCCCUAUCUUCCCCUCUGCUGCCUCCUUGCUCUCUCCCCUUCCCCCCCUCCUCUCUCCUCCCCUCUCUCUCCUGCUCCCUCCUCCCCACCGCCUCCCCCUCGUCCUCCUCUCCCACACCUGCCCCUUCCCCCCCCUCUCACCAACCCCCUCCCCUCCCCAAUCCUCCAUCUCCACAGACUGUUGACCAACCAGCCCAUCAUCAGUACCAGGCUGUUGGGUGAGAUAAACAUUAAUAUUUUCACUGGUUUUCCCAACCAAUCAUAAUCACAAGAUGUUUCUCCCUCUCUCUUCCCUCCAGUACCACCCCCUCCACCCUCCACUCUGAAGCUGACUGGCUUGUGAUUUUAUCUCUCCCGAAGGAUCACACUCUCUCCACUCACUAUCACACUUGUAGUUAAGCAUCUCAGUGUGGCCCCUUGACCAUCACUGAUUCCAUGCUGGGGACCAGAAACUCAACCGGACCAGACGCAUAAAUACCGUCCCUCCAAGAGUAGGAUAUUGUGCAUCCUGACAUCCCAAGCCCUUGGCACCAUCCACAAGGCAUAAGACGGGAGUGGUGGAAUUCUCACUUGUCUCGAUGAGUUCAACUCUGACAACUCUUGAGGAGCUCGACACCAUCCGGGACAAAGCAGUCCAUUUGUCUCACACCUGUCCAUCACCCUCAAUGUUCAGUCCCUCCAUGGCUGGCACUCAGUGGCUGUAGUGUGUACCAUCCUCAGUCACUUGCCCAGGUUACUGCAACAACACCUUCCGAAACCAGCAAGGAGGACAAGCGGAACACCACCACCUGCAGGUUCCCCUCCCAGUCACACGCCACCCUGACUUGGAAACAUCUCGCCGCUCCUUCAUCAUCACCGAGUCUAAAUCCUGGAACUCCCUCCCCGACAGCAUGGUGGGAGCGCCUUCACCAGAAAGACUGCAGUGGUUCAAGAUGGCGGCUCUCAAGGACAACACUCAACGUUGCUGGAGGAACUCAGCGGGUCAGGCAGCAUCUAUGGAGGGAAACGGACAGUCGACGUUUCAGGUCGAGAUCCUCCAUCAGAACUGAAAAGAAAGAGGGAGGAUAACCAGUAUAAAGAGGUGGAGGGAAGGGGUGGGGCCAGGUCCCUUUCUUGAUUUCUCUGUCUCCAUCUCAGGAGACAGAUUAUCCACUGACAUCUACAACAAAUCCACUCACUCCUGCGGGUACCUCAAUGACACAUCCUCCCACCCUGUCACUUGCAAGGACACCGUUCCCUUUUCUCAGUUCCUCUGUCUCCACCACAUCUGUUCUCUUGAUGAGGCCUUCCACUCCAGGACAUCCGAGAUGUCCUCCUUUUUCAGAACUCUUGCUCCACCCCUUCCCCCCCCCCCCACCUUUUCAUACCGGCUGACUCCCCUCUUUUUUUCCAGUCCAGAUGAAGGGUCUCAACCUGAAACAUCGAUUGUCCAUUUCCCUCCAUAGAUGCUGCCUGACCUACAGAGUUCCUCCAGAGCCUGUGUGUGUUGCUCCAGUUUCCAGCAUCUGCAGUCUCUUGUGUCUCCAUUUGGGUUCUCAAGAGCAGUUGGGGAAUGGGCAAUAAAUGCUGGUCUUUCUGGUGACAACUGCGUCCCAUAAGAGAUUAAAACUGAAUCACACACUCUGCUGUUCCAACUUGUUGCUCCUCUACCCCUACACAUUCCCUUCUCCAGAGUUUGACUCCCAGGUUUUGGAGUGACCACCCUAUGGGUCCUGAUUUACUUCCUCUCUCACUCCUACUCUGCCUGUACCUUGUAAUGCAGUCCAUACCUCUUCCCCUGUCCACUCAUGCCUGCCUCUGACACUGGGGUAGGAUAUCUUGUUGGGACCACAGGAGGGAAGCCAUUUUGUGACACACCAGCCUUAUACUGAGGGUGUGCACUGUGAAAAGGGUUCACUCAACUUGAAGGAUAUCAUUUUGAACUGAAAGAAAUAUCCUGAGGAUUUUUUACCACUGAUUUUUUAAAUGUUUUUUUAAAUAUGUUUUUAUAAAUGGAAGACCUUUUUUACUGCUGUAUACAGGGCAGAAACUACCCUUAUUGAUGGAUUUAUGGUGUUCACGACAACCUUUGGUUGAGAUGAUGGUAUGGCUUUAGUGCAUUGAAUCUGUGCCUGGAGGAUUGUUCAAGGAUAAUAGGUCAAAAUGGAGCAUCUUCCGAACCUGUGCACAAUCACCAAUUGCUGUCUUCAUUCCUGCCUUCCCACUGCCAGUGCCCCACACAAAGUGAAAGACGUUGCCAAGCCAUAAUCAGGAAAAAGUCAUCCCUGGGAUUAGUUGGAGCCUCCAUUUCCCUGUGAUUGGUGGGAUCUCCACCCACCACUCUGGGAUUGGUGGGAUUUCCACCUAUCUGGGAUUGAUGGGAACCCCCACCCACCUUGCUGGGAUUGGUGGGAUCUCCACCCCCCCCCCACCCUUGGAUUAGUGGGAUCUCCACACACCAUUGGUGGGAUCUCCAUCUACCUCACUGGGAUUGGUGGGAUUUCCACCUUCCUUGCUGGAAUUGGUGGGAUCUCCACCUGGGAUUGGUGGGAAUCUUCACCCACCUUGCUGGGAUUGGUGGUUCCCCUAACCCCCCCCCCCCCACCCUGGGAUUGGUGGGAUUUCCACACAUCAUUGCUGGGUUUGGUGGGAUCUCCACCUACUUCACUGAGAUUGGUGGGAUUUCCACCUCUCUGGGAUUGGUGGCAUCUCUAUCCCACUGGUUGGGAUUGGUGGGGCCCUCCACUACCCACCAUGUGAUUGGUGGGAAUACCACCCAUCUCUCUGGGAUUGGUGGGAUCUCCACCCAUCUCACUGGGAUUGGUGGGAUCUCCACCACCUGGCUGGGAUUGGUGGAGAGUGGGGAACAUGGCUGGGGUGAUUUGCGUAUUUUGCCCAUAAUAUUAAGGUGGUGAUGAUGGGUUGUGAGAGGAAGGCAUCAACUUCCUUCACAGAUAAUAGAAACUAUUCUGCCUCGUUAUGUCUUUGGGCUUCAGUUGCCUGUUGUGGCUUUACAGAUCAUGGAGACUUAACAAAUUGUGCAACAAAUGCCUUUGAGUUCUUGGGCUUGUGGGUGCUGGACCAUUAACCCAGAACCCAAGAUGUUUACAUGAUGUACCUUCUGUGCUAAAGACAAUGGUGAAUUAUUAUAGAUGGGUUUAUACCUUGGUCUGUAAAUUAGGCCCUGCGGCGUGGUUGGUGAUCUUUCUUCAGUGCUGAGCAGUUAAUGGUUAAUCUCACCUGUCUUCAACCCCAGUUUCAAGCAUUACCUGGUCAAGGUGUGCCAGGAUUUAAAUACAGUAAAAAUUCCUCUGAUCUGAAUCCAACAGGGAGACUUGAUCUCCAUUUUGGGGCAACUAUUGCAAUGCAAGAGCCCCUUCUGGAUACUCUGCAGCUCCUUUAGGGUGUUUCUAAAUUCCAGUCCUUCAAUGCUAAGAGAUAUGGAAUUCAUGCAGGCAAGAGGGAUUAGUAUAGAUAGGUGUGAUGGUCAGCAUAGACGCCGUGGGCCGAAGGGCCUGUUUCUCUGCUGUACAACUCUAUGGUAACCUUACUUAACAAAAAUAAUCUAUUGAUCUCCAUCUCAAAAGUACCAGAGGAUUCCAGAAGCAGUGGUGAUUUCGGAAAACCCCACAGUUCUGCUAUAAGUUUAAUUUCUUAAUGUUUUCCUUUUCACAUAAUCCAGUUCCAAGUUUGCUUUCUCAUUCUUUAAUAAUCAAACAUACAGCACAGGAAUCGGACUUGCUAUCUCUACCCUGUUAUCAAUUUGUGGAAUGGUCUUAACUCAAGAGGAGGCCCAUCAAGACCAUACUGAUAUUCCCACUUCCCUGCUCUUUUCCCCAAAUCCCUGGGGAAAAAAAAAAACCUGCCUUUAAAGUUUUUAUUCAACUUCCUACAGGCAGUCUGCCCUUUGGUGAAUCUCAGGUUAUAUCAAGGGCUGUUGAAACAAGAAAUUUCUUCAUUCCACCUCCAAUUAAACAUAGAAAUAUAGAAAACCUACGGUGCAAUACAGGCCCUUCGGCCCACAAAGUUGUGCCGAACAUAUCCCUACCUUAGAAAUUACUAGGCUUACCCAUAGCCCUCUAUUUUUCUAAGCUCCAUGUACCUAUCCAAAAGUCUCUUAAAAGACCCUGUCGUAUCCGCCUCCACCACUGUUGCCGGCAGCCCCUUCUACACAUAGUUGCUUAGCAUUCAAUCUGCAUUCACUCUUUAACAAGCCUCCUGUUAACAUUCUGUGUGGUUUUAAGUAUCUGUUUAACCCUUUAGUCAAAUGUGUGCCUGGACUGAAAUUUCUCCCCAUCCAGAGGAGGAUUGUCUAAACCUUCAUAAGGAUGUGAUUCAGUUAAAGGGAAGCAGAAAGAAAUUCACAAGGGUGUUGCCGGGACAGGAGGGCUUGAGUUCUCAGGAGGGACUGGGAAGGCUGGGGCUGAUUUCCCUGGAGUGAUGGAGGCUGAGGGGUGACCUUACGAGAGGCAGAGACAAGGUGGAUGGUCACGGUCUUUUCCCCAGGGUAGGGGAGUCUAGAGCUGGAGGGCAUAGGUUAAGUUGAAGGGGGAAAGAUUUAACAGAGUUUUUCACACUGGGUAUAUGAAACGAGCUGCGGGAGGAAGUGGUAGAGGUGGCUACAACUACGAUAUUUAACAGACAUUUGGACAGGUACAUGGAUGGGAAAGGUUUAGAAGGAUAACGGCCAAAUGUAGGUUAAGUGAGACUAGCUCAGGUAGACACCUUGGUUAGCAUUGACAAAUUGGGCUGAAGGGCCUGUUUCUGUGCUGUAUAACUCUAUGACGAUAUUUCUGGGCUGCACCUUGGCCAAGAGGUGCUGGGAUUGCGUGGUCCCUCUUGUGUCCCCAGUGAACUCCCAAUCAGAUCACACUAGUGUUUCUACUCCAAACGAGCCCCCUCCCCACCCAACCCUGCCCUUUCUCACCCCAUCAGCAUCUCCUUUCUUUCUCCCUCAUGUGCUUGGAAUACAGAACAACUCUAAAGGGGCUGAAUGGUCUGGGAGCAGAGGAUAGAAAUAUCGUCUCCACCCUGUAGAGGGAAUACUAAUUGGAGGCCAAUUCUCAGUAUGGCAGGUUGUUUUAUUCUGCCUGUGACAUAGGAAUGCUUGACAUUGGGUCCAAAGCGGUGUUCCGUUGCCUAGUAACGUCAAUAAGAAUACAAUUCACACUAACAACAUAUUAAAAAACCUCCCCAGUGUUAACUAGCUGCUUGGAGCAUCCUGUGUAAAAAUGUGCAUAUUAUGUAAAAUUGUUAUAUGUUUGCUUGUGUACCACCAGCAGAUCAUUUAUUCAGCCAAGGCUACAUUUAGUGGGAUGUAUCACUCAAGUUUUUCCUGUGGGGGUCUGACUGUGAUGUAGGAUCCGUUCAUAAUGUCAUAGCAACUGUACUGAGAUUACUAAUGGGCCAAAUCGGGCAAAUUAUUUGAAGUCUUGUGCUGUUUUUCAUGCUGCUGAGAGACCACUAGUUUAAGGACCGCUUUUGAUGUAGGUGGUUCUUGCUAUUUCUGCUCUGCCUGCUGGGAUGGUGUAUCUACUUAUUUAACAAUGGCCUUCUUGCCUUUUAAUUUUGUAUCGGAACACUCCAGAACCAUGAGAACCCUUCUCCCAUAGAUCCAGCUGGUCAACUCCACUAGUCAUAGACCAUAAGAUAUAGGAGCAGAAUUAGGCCACUCUGCCAUUUGAUCAUGGCUGAUAUUUUCUCAACCCCAUUCCCCCAUAACCCUUAACCUCCCCCUUACCAAUCAAGAACCUGUUAAUCUCUGCCUUAAAUCUUAUAGGUUGAGCGAGUUAGGGCUUUUCUCUUUGGAGAGAAGGAGGAUGAGAGGAGACUUGAUAGAGGUGUACAAGAUGAUAAGAGGCAUAGAUUGAGUGGACAGUCAGAGACUUUUUCCCAGGGUGAAAAUGGCUAACACGAGGGGGCAUAAUUUUAAGGUGAUUGGAGGAAGAUAUAAGGGGGAGGUCAUGGGGUAAGUUUUUUACACAGAGAGUGGUGGGUGCGUGGAACGCACUGCUGGCAGAGGUUGUGGGGGCAGAUACAUUGGGGACAUUUAAGAGAUUCUUGGAUAGACACAUGAAUGAUGGAGAAAUGGGGGGCUAUGUGGGAGGGAAGGGUUAGAUAGAUCUUAGAGCAGGAUAAAAUGUUGGCACAACAUUGUGGGCUGUACUGUACUGUGCUAUUAUGUUCUAAAUACACCCAAUGACUUGGCCUCCACAGCCAUCUGUGGCAACGAAUUCCACAGAUUCACCACCCUCUGGCUGAAGAAAUUCCUCCUCCUCUCAGUUCUAAAGGGACGUCCCUUUAUUCUGAGGCUGUGCCCUCAGAUCCAAGGCUCUCCUACUAAUGGAAACAUCCUCUCCUCAUCCACUCUUUCCAAGCCUUUCAGUAUCCGAGAGGUUUCAAAUCAGAGGACAUCUUUUGGAAAGGGUGUUCUGGGUAGGCCAGUCCUGGUUGGACGUAUUCCCAAAUGCAUUGUCAGUCAACUUCCUGCCUCCAGCUGUCGUGCUAUUAGUUGGCCAGAAUGUCUAUCUUUCUAUUGCCCAACCUAUUAGAUAGUGAAUAGACUCUUCCUGAUGCUACUUAAUGAUGCUUGACUGUUAAUCGACAGCCACUGGCAUUUUUUUAAACCAAUAAGCAAAAAUAUUGAGGAUUUAUUUUAAAAGAAGCAAUACUUUUUCUUUUUGGCCCAAAAUUUUAACAUCUGGACUGCUGUUUUUGGGCCCCUUUUGAAUCUUUUCUUCCUGUUUGGGCCAAGCAGAGGCAGAAACUUCCCACCAGAGGGGGAGCUGUGUCGGGCGGCCCCAUUGGAGAUGCUCACACGAGUGGGCAACUGUUGAGAACGUUGAUGGUGGUUGUGACCACUUGGGGAUGGGGCAAGGCCAAGGAAGAGAAUCUAAAGCAUUCUGGACCGGAAAGUCCCCUGAGAACAGUUACUUUGUCGAUCUGGAAAAGUUUGUACCAGCAACGAAAGAAAGAAGAUUCAUAAUUGUUGCCAAGAAUAAAUAUCCCAUUUUUGACAUCUAUAAGAUGAAAACAAGAUAAUAAAAUUACAUUUUUUACAAGAAAUAUCCAUAUUUCACAAUCCAACAACAUUUGCUACUGUUGCUAACCCUCAGACCGUGGACUGUAGUUCAACACUAUUACUGUGCUCAGUUUUGGAUGACAUCUGAACUAGAGGCAGCUGAUUAAAUCCUGAUAUUCUGCCAAAGUAAGGCUAGAAAGAUCCAUGCAGUUGCUUCCAGCUUGUGGUCCAGUUAAAUCAGUGGAGCAGAAGGAAAUUCCUGACCCAAAUGGUUUGGGAACAAUAAGGAUGAGGAUUGCUGGCACCUGGUGGUGAACUGUUGACACUGCAACUUGCUGUUUAAUUCCUCCCCAGUGCUGUAUGAAUCAAGUUUCAUGCUCAUCCAUUGACUCUUUGCAACAUUGCUCAGUCCAUUGCAGCAGAGCCAGAAUUGGUGGGAAUGAGGCAAGCGAGCACCUCCUUUCUGCAUGUACAAUGAGGAGAGUGCUUACUUUUCCCCCAGCCAUGGCAGACCCAGUAUCCUGGUUUCAAAUGGAGCCAAUCCCAAUUUUGGAUGAGAUGUCAAACCAAGGUUCCGUCUACUCGCAACGUCAAAGUAGUAUCAUGGGUUCUUUUAAGAUGGGCAGGGAAAUCUAUUUUGUGGUGUCCAGGACAAUAUUUAUCAAAGGACAUUAUCAAAAGUGGUUGCGGUGAGGUUUCUGCUUGUGGGCACAUGCCAUUGGCUAUUGGACUCACUGUUACAAGAGUGACUACACCAAAAAUGCUUCCUGGGAAGGGAUGUGAAAGGCGCUUUAGAAAUGCGAGACUUUUUUCCAAUCUGGCUGCCCUGCAGUCAUUGGCAGGAUUUCCCCUUCCUCAUCCCAGCAUCCCUAGAGGAAGAGCAAGGUCUCUAUCAGAACCAAAGCACCUCACAGAAAUCUUGGAGUUCCAUGGAGUGUCGAGGUUUGGUCUUGACUGGAAUACAGGAAUGACACAUCUGAGGGAGGAUACAGUGGGAGGAUUACCUGGUGGUUACCUGCCUAGGAAAAGAUUUUUUGGGGAAGAGGGGUGUUCCAGUAGGUAGACAAUGAGACACUGUUGCAAUGCUGACCCUGGUUCCUCACGGUGAGACUCCACCAGUUACUGCCUCAGCUUUGAGCUCUCUGACCUUGCACAGAGGCAAAAUUCCUGCACUGAUCAAUUCUGCAUGGAACCCCAUUGUGUCUUGACUUUCUACAGAGCUGUGGCUUAUUAAAGUGCUUUAAUAAAAUGUAUUUUAUAUGAAGGUUACUCUCAAAAAGAAAUAAACUAUGAAUACAGUUUGGAA